AAUAGUGCUAUCUUGACAAAAUCCUGUGCCAGACGUCUGAAGCCACGAGUGUGGGGGGGAAUUAGUCGCAUUUCUUUGGAUUUUCCGGCUUUGGGACGUGACAUAACGGCGGUCGCGGACGGUUCGGCGUUUCCCCGUGUCGAUGGCGACGGCUUUUCGCGUUGAAGAAGAGUUUUAACGGUGAAAAUCGAAGCGACGCUGCUCCAGAUGUUUGCCCCGCCCCCCUCCUCUUCCUCUUCGCCUCCCGCUCUCCGCUUCUUUCCCGAGAUGGCGGCGGCGGCGGCGGCAGCGGCGGCGCACGUUCCCAAAUCUCUGGCCGAAUGACGCCGCGUUGAUCCGAGAUGGAGAGUGGCGAGACGUACCCCCCGCUCCCUCUGUGACCUCAGGAACAAAAAAAAAAAAACCAAACCCCAAACCUAUUUUUCUACAAAGAUCAUUAUCGUCGCCCUCAUUUAAUAGUUAGUUUUUCCUUUGUGUUUUUUUUUUAACUCUCAGGUUCCCAAAGCAUUUCGUAUCCGACUUCUGCUGCUGCUAAAACCGAGACUGUUCGAUCAUCAGGGUGCAACGGACUUUAAAAGACAAAAUAAAUACUAUUUUUUUGACUCACUGCACAAUAAAAAAACGCUCAAGGAAUUUACAAAACAAAGCCAUUAUUCCGUCAAAACAACCUGCCUAAAAACCAUUCAGUCUGUAACUAGAAUCCACUUUCCAGGGAAUUAAACCAGAUUUUUUUAUUUUAGACUUUAAGUAGCCUCAAACACUUGGUAGUAACUCUUAGUAGAAUUCUUUUUUUUUUUCAAUUCCGAAAAUCGAAUUCCUUAUUUUUAGCAUUAACAGAAAAGUAAGUCAUUCCCAAAGAUUUCUGAGCAUUUACUCAAAGAUCAUUCCAUUAUUAAUCCAUUCUAUAAUACAGAAAUCAUAUUAGAAUUCUGAAAAAAUUAAAAUUUUUUAAAAACGAAACUUGAAUCUGGACGUGAAACCGCAUUCUCCUUCAUUUCGCAAACUGAUUUAAUCUUUUUUUGAGUCCGUUUAUCAGCCAUUUUGAUUUAGUUUUAAGGAUUUUUGUUUUUACACCGGAUGCUCUGUUUUGUUUUUCUGUUUUUUUUUUUUUUUUUAACUAGGCUUGGGACUGACACAGAAAAUCCAUGGUGAUUAUUCCCCGGAGCAGCUCGUCUUGUCGUUUUGGACUCUGCAUUGAAUUGUUGAACUCGAAACGUUCCGCUUCUUUUGGCUGUUUUAACAGUGUUUGGAAUUCUCUUUGCACCUUUUCGUGUUUCGGAAAAGUGGGAAAGUUGAAUUUUUUUGCUUAGAUACCGCAGCAAUAUUUUUGUUUUAUUAGAUUUUUUGUGGACCAACUUUUUGUGCUCGUCUCGGUCUGAUAAAAAGGACUUUGGACGUUGAGGAGAGCAGGUUAGUUCUUGUUUUUUUUUUUUUGUCGUUCGGCGGUUGCGGGCGGAGCCAUGGCGUCGGAGGGCUUCCAGUACCGCGCGCUCUACGAUUACAAGAAGGAGCGCGAGGAGGACAUCGACCUGCACGUGGGCGACGUCCUGCUCGUCUCCAAAGCGGCGCUGUUGGCUCUGGGCUGCGCCAACGGGGCCGAGGAGAGGCCGGCCGAGAUCGGGUGGCUCCCGGGAUUCAACGAGACCACGCAGGAGAAGGGAGAUUUUCCCGGGACGUACGUCGAGUUCGUCGGCAGGAAGCGCAUGUCUCCUCCCACUCCGAAGCCCCGCCCCCCCAGACCGCCGUCCGCUGCGUCCGCUCGGGCCGACUCGGAGUCUGAAGGUUUUGUUCUUCCAGACCUGCCAGAUCAGUUCGGACCCCCGGACACGGCCCCGCCCCUGCUCAGCCGACUCAUGGAGGCCGUGGAGAGCAAAGGUAUCGACAGUCCGUCUCUGUAUCGCAGUCCGAGUGGCGGGGCUCUGGACACGAGGCAGUUGGCAGAAACAGAUCUGGAUCAGUUGGAGCUGUCGUCUCUCUGUGAGGGGGUGGUCCGGUUUCUCCAGGACCUGCCGGGACCCGUGCUGCCCACCGCUCUGCAGGGAGACAUGAUCCAGGCCGUACAGGACGUUCGUGAGCUGGAGGAGUGCGCUCAGUUGCUCCGGACCAUUGCCUCGUCGUCUCUGACUCCGGCCCAGUUCGGUCUCACCCUCCUCAGUGUGAUCAGGCACCUCGCCCGAGUCUGUCUCCACAACCACCGCAACCAGCUCACCCCACACGGACUCGCCGAGAACUUCAGCCCCCUGCUCUUCAGGAACAACACCGGCGCUGAGUCCGGCGUGGACCCGAUGGUUCAGGUGUUGGAGAUUCUGAUCACCAGUGAACUCAACAUGAACCAGGCAGCUCCAGCGCUGCCUCCCAAACCUCAGAAGCCGUCGACUCCGGCCGCCUCCAGCUUCAACAACAGCAUCUCCCUGCAGGACGCCGAGUGGUACUGGGGCGACAUCUCCAGGGAGGAGGUGAACGAGAAGCUCCGGGACACGGCCGACGGGACAUUUCUGGUGAGAGACGCCUCCACGAAGAUGCACGGAGACUACACCCUCACACUCAGGAAAGGAGGCAACAACAAGCUGAUAAAGAUCUUCCAUCGUGAGGGAAAGUACGGCUUCUCGGACCCCCUGACCUUCAGCUCCGUGGUCGAGCUCAUAAACCACUACAGACACGAGUCUCUGGCCCAGUACAACCCCAAACUCGACGUCAAGCUGCUCUACCCCGUGUCCAAGCACCAGCAGGACCAGGUGGUGAAGGAGGACAGUAUCGAGGCUGUAGGGAAAAAGCUUCACGAGUAUCACCUCCAGUAUCAGGAGAAGAACCGAGAGUACGACCGACUCUACGAGGAGUACACCAGAACCUCACAGGAGAUCCAGAUGAAGCGCACGGCCAUCGACGCUUUCAACGAGACCAUCAAGAUCUUCGAGGAGCAGUGUCAGACGCAGGAGCGCUUCAGCAAAGAGUACAUCGAGAAGUUCAGACGCGAAGGCAACGACAAAGAGAUCCAGAGGAUCAUGGAAAACUACGACAAGCUGAAGUCUCGUAUCUCUGAGAUCGUGGACAGUAAACGCCACCUGGAGGUCGACCUGAAGAAGCAAGCGGCGGAUUACAGAGAGAUCGACAAAAAGAUGAACAGCAUCAAACCCGAUCUGAUCCAGCUGAGGAAGACCAGAGACCAGUACCUCAUGUGGCUGACACAGAAAGGAGUCCGACAGAGGAAACUCAACGAAUGGCUGGGACUAAAGAACGAGACCACAGAGGAUGAGUACAGUCUGGUGGAGGACGAGGAGGACCUGCCUCAUCACGACGAGCGUCUGUGGCGUUUGGGAAACAUAAACCGGACUCAGGCCGAGUCUCUGCUCCGGGGAAAAAGAGACGGGACUUUCCUGGUCCGGGAGAGCUCCAAACCGGGCUGCUACGCCUGCUCCGUCGUGGUGGACGGGGAGGUGAAACACUGCGUCAUCAACAAAACGAGCAGCGGUUUUGGAUUCGCGGAGCCGUACAAUCUGUACUCGUCUCUGAAGGAGCUGGUCCUGCACUACCAGCACACGUCUCUGGUCCAACACAACGACUCGCUCAACGUCACGCUGGCCUUCCCCGUCUACAGCCAGCAGCGCCGGUGACCCCCGCGCCCCGACACCGACCCGGACCCGGACCCAGACCCGGCAGGCGCAGAUCCAGACCCAGAACGCCCAAGCACCGACCCGCACCCGGCACGCCCAAACACGCCCAAACACGGACCCGGCACGCCCAAACACGGACCCGGCACGCCCAAACACGGACCCGGCACACCCAAAUGCGCACACACACAGACCCAGCACGCCCACACAUGGACCCGGUACGCCCAAACACACCCACACACAGACCCAGCACACCCAUACACAGACCCGGCACACCCAGGCACGCCCAAACACGCCCAAACAUGCCCACACACAGACCCGGCACACCCAUACACAGACCCAGCACGCCCAAACACGCCCACACACGGACCCGGCACGUCCAAAUAUGGACAAUGCAGGUGAUUGCAACGCCAGAACACGCCCAAAUAUGGACAAAACACUCCAUAUAUGUAAAAAACACACCAUAUAUGGACUGAAUUUGCCCAAAUAUGGAGAAGUCAGGAGAUCCCAACACCCAUAUACGCCCAAAUAUGGAAAACACAUGCCCAAAUAUGGACAGCACACUCCAUAUAUGGACUGAUACGCCCAAAUAUGGACAGUUCAGACAUGUACAAGCGCAGAACUGUACCAUUCAGAGCCAUAUAUGGACUGAACACACUCUACUAUGGACAGGACGCGCCCAAAUAUGGACAGAGGAAGCUUAUAUUUAAAUUUCUCACCGAUCAAUAACACUUCAUCACCUCUGCAACACUUGUACAGAUUUUUGGACUCAGACACGUCGGAUUAAAUGCGCUUUGCAAAGGUGAACGAGAGUCGAGUUGAGCUGCGCUUUUAAACGGACGAUUCAGACGAGACGGGUCGUUCGUUUACUCGUCCGACGCGAUAUUUUAAGCUUUGAAACAUUUUGACGUUUGUUAAGUUAAGACGAUGUGCGGAGAAGAAGUGGUUUUCCCCUCAUUUCUGUUCGUACAAAACACUGAAGCGGGACUAAAAACGACAGCGAAGGCGGAGAGUUACGGACUGUGCUGAAGGACUACUUCCUGUGUUACCACAUGAUGACAUCACGAGGUGUAACGGCGCGUUUUCUGUUAAGAGAUGAACCCUAAAUGUGCAGGGUUUGUGCGUUAGAACAUGUGUGAACGAAGCAAAACACGAGAAAAUGGUGUAAAAAUGAGCUCUUUAAAACUCUUUUUCUCUUUUCGGUUUGGUUCAUCCCUCUGUGCCGCAGCUGCCCCGGGGCGGACCGACGCAGACCUGGCUGCCGCUCUCCACAAUAACGCACCCGAACAGACCGCGGCGUUGACGUUUCUUGCCCGAGGACACAAGAACAUCAACGACUCGGAGCUGUUACAACAAACGUUCACGUAACAGGACUUUGCUUUACCUUGUGUAUUAAGUUAAAUCAAGAUUCUGUGAAAAAAAAAAAACGAAUUUGUUCCUCUAAACUUCACUUUUUGUUCACGUCUCAUCGAGUUUGAACCUCGGCGUCGGAAAACCGGAGAACUCGAAACCGAAACGCUGGAUUUCUGGACUUUUUAAAGACUUUUGAGACAAGACUUCGGCUCGUUACAGGAAAUAAAACGUUGAACUUUUUAAGGAAAGAAAAACACUGUGACUCAAAACCAAAAGGAUGAACGUGAGCGGCCGAUUCUGAAACGAAACGAUUCUCCAGAUAUCACUUUUUUUUUUUUUUUUCGCAGCAUGUUUGAACUUUUGUUUUAAUUUAACACAACAACACAUUUUCACCUCAAGAUUCACAAACGUACGGAACGAUUACAGACUUUUUCUGGAUGUUGGACUUGAAACGUGACUGAACUUAAGAUGGAUUUGGUUCGAAAUUUCAUCUGAAAUUGUACAUUUUUUGUUCAAAUUGAGUGAAUCACCUCCAGCGGAUUGAAAAUAAAAUAACGUUUGUUCGUCGUAAAAAGCUGAACCACAAUUAGAACAAGAGUUAAACGAAGAAUUUGAAGGAUGUGUUGGAUUUUGAGUUUAAAUUUAAUAAACGUGUGACCUCUGUGUCUCCAAACAAAUUCAAAUCAAAUUCACUUUUUACUGGAAACUAACUUUGAUGUUAAGUUACGGUUUAAACAUUGGACAUGAUGAUGUUGGUUCUAAUUUGGUGUUUUGUUUCUGGAGAAUUCGUGUGUUAUUCGUUUUUCAAUAUAAAACCAAAAAUAAGAAAAUGAAAAAAACAGAUGAAUGAUUCAUUUUUUAAGUUUUCGAUUUUGUGUUUAAUGAAAAAUGGAAAAAACUGAUAACGACCGUUUCCUGUUUACAUGACUUCUGUGGCUGUGAUGUCAGACUGAACCAGGACUGAUCCAGGUCCGGGACCAGAGCGGGACCAGAGCGGGACCAGAGCGGACUCCGAGCCUCAGCUUCAAGCUCCGGCCGGGGACCCUGAGCCUCCGGUCUGGUCCUGGCCUGGUCUCGGUCUGGUCUUGGUCUCAGUCCCGGUCUCAGUCCCGGUCUCAGUCCCGGCCUCAGUCCCGGCCUGGUCUCUGUCUCAGUCCCAUCCUCAGUCCUGGCCUCAGUCUGGUCUGGUCCUGGUCUCAGUCCUGGUCUGGUCCCGGACCUGGAUCAGUCCUGGUUCAGUCCGUAUGCGGUUCAGAAGUUUGACAUUUUCAUUUUCUUAUUUUUGAUUUUAUAUUGAAAAACAAACGAACGACGCACAGAGUCUGGAGACACGAGUUCAGACUGUGGCACCUUUUUAAAAAGUUCAGACCAACACCGAGUCUCUAAACUUCAAAUAAAAUCUGUAUUUUAUGAAAACCUUUGGACAAAAUGAGUUUAAAAAAAAGAAGUUUUGUGUUCUAGUUCUGCUCUUUGACCUAAAUUAUUGUUCCUGUAGCAUUAAACAAAGAUUAAAAAAUAAGCUUUGACCUGAAAAUAAAAACCAAAAUGUAGAAGUUGAAAAAAAACCUAAUAAAAGUGAAGUGUUGACAUUUUUAAAUCUCCAUAAAAUUCCACUAAAACCAGUUGAGAUUCAAAGAGAUUUGUGUUUGAGUUUCAGGACCAAACCUGGAGGUGUUUUUGUGUUUUUCCGCUCUCUGUAUUUUCAAACGGUUUUGUCAUUUUAACCUCUGAUCUGAACAAAUAAAAUCCUAAUGAUCUGAAA